CUGGCCUUCCCUCAACUACGGAGGAUAUCCCUGGAUCAGGAGGGACCAGGAGAGGAAGAAGAAAAAAAAAAGUCAAAACAAAACAGAAACUGGCCCGAGAUACUGAAAGGACACACUUGACCACAGCUGAGCUCUGCAUUCUUGACCGCAUCCACGCGGUCGUUCAUCUCUGGCACAUUCCCUCACCAUUUCCCGACAGAUGGACCUGGGCCCUGGCACUAGAGGUGACCUUGGGUAGCCAUACAGCCGCUUCCAGAUCGUUUCUUCGCCUGUGAACAGAUCUGGCACGCUGCUCCGUUCUCUCCGUUCUCCAGCCUUCCGAGCCAUUCGCGCGGCCGGGCCGGGCGGCCGGGACUGAACUCUUGAGUGGUCGGCUUUGCGGGAUCCUCGCCGGCUCUCCCUGCCUGUAGGUGAGGACGGAAGCUCCGGGGGGACUCCGGACGACAGCUACUAAGAUUGGGUUGUCCAUGCUCAAACCACCUGGUUCCGAAUCCCCACAGUUUUGAUGAUCCGUUCCAUCAGACUGCUCUGUUGCUGUGAUUAACCACCUUGACCCAGGUCCUGCCACAGUGAGAGGAUGGCGGCUACAGGAACUGAAGCCAAGGACCUCGAAAACCAUCACAAUGACUGCUUCAUUCAACUUUCAAAUCCAAACAUCGCAACAAUGAAGGAAGACGUUCUCUACCAUUUCAACCUCAGCACGAGCACACAUGAUUUCCCUGCUAUGUUUGGAGAUGUGAAGUUCGUGUGUGUUGGUGGAAGCCCUUCCAGGAUGAGUUCUUUCAUCAGGUAUGUGGCUGCCGAGCUGGGCCUUGACCAUCCAGGGAAAGAGUACCCCAACAUCUGUGCAGGCACUGACCGCUACGCCAUGUAUAAAGUCGGACCUGUGCUGUCUGUGAGCCAUGGCAUGGGCAUUCCUUCCAUCGGGAUCAUGUUGCAUGAGCUCAUCAAGUUGCUGUACCACGCCAGAUGCUCCAACGUCACCAUCAUCCGCAUCGGCACUUCAGGCGGGAUAGGUCUGGAGCCUGGCUCUGUAGUCAUCACGCAGCAGGCAGUGGAUGAGUGCUUCAAGCCGGAGUUUGAGCAGAUUGUCCUGGGGAAGCGGGUGGUCCGCAGCACCAACCUGGAUGCACAGCUGGUGCAGGAACUGCUACAGUGCUCCUCGGACCUGAAUGAGUUCCCCACGGUUGUGGGCAACACCAUGUGCACCCUGGACUUCUAUGAGGGGCAAGGCCGUCUGGAUGGUGCCCUCUGCUCCUACACAGAGAAGGACAAGCAGGUCUAUCUGCAGGCAGCCCAUGCCGCAGGAGUCCGAAACAUCGAGAUGGAGUCUUCGUUGUUUGCCACCAUGUGCAGUGCCUGUGGCCUGAGAGCGGCUGUGGUGUGUGUGACCCUUCUGGACAGACUGCGAGGGGACCAGAUCAACACCCCCCAUGAUGUGCUGGUGGAAUACCAGCAGAGACCUCAGCGGCUGGUGGGCCACUUCAUCAAGAAGAGCCUGGGGAGGAUCUGAGGCUCUUGUCCUUGACACUCAGAACAAGCCUCUGCAACUACUGGCCAAUAAAUCUAUUUUUCAUAUCCCA